AAAAAUUAAACUCAGCAACUUAUUAUUCUUAGAGAGAGAAAGAGAGAUAUCCGAACACCUUCCUAUUUAUAACUACCACCACGCCCAUAUCGAUCGAACGAUCGAUCAAUCGAUCGAAACCCUUCCCCCCCUCCCCCCCUCUCUCUCUCCAUAAUCAAAUCCCCAAUCACGCCCCCGUUCCCCUCCCCAUAAUUAGCACUCACGAGUUUUGCCAUUUUUGGCCCAUUCCCCAUCGAGUUGAGGGGUUUUGCUUCCGCAAAGGGGGUAAUUAAUGGCGGCGGCUGCGGCGGCGGCGGAGGACGCGAUCGCGGUGGAGGCGGCGGCGGCGGAGGAGACAGAGGAGUCGGAGUACGAGAGAGGGGUGAAGAGGCUCGUGGAAUUGCUCUCGAAGCUGAACCCCUCGGCCAAAGAGUUUUUCCCCUCAUCGCACGGUGGGAAGCGGGGGCCCGAUCGCCGGCUCUCGCCCGAUGCGCCGAUCUACGUCGCGACGAACGAUAAUUAUUGUAGUAAUUACCCAAUUUUUGAUGCAAGUGGUUACAAGGAUUUGAGUAGCAACGGCCAGCAGAAUCGCAGGAGGAGGAAUGGAUACAACCAGGGAAGGAGAAGAACGAAUGAUCAUCGGGCGCGAAGAGCUGAAAGGGAGGAUAGCAUUCGGCGAACUGUAUAUGUUUCUGACAUAGAUCACAAUGUGACUGAAGAGAAGCUAGCUGAAAUAUUUGCUUCUUGUGGGCAAGUUGUGGACUGUCGGGUUUGUGGCGAUCCACACUCAGUUCUAAGGUUUGCGUUUGUCGAGUUCUCUGAUGAAGAUGGUGCAAGGGCUGCAUUAAGUCUUGGUGGGACCAUGCUGGGUUACUACCCUCUUAGAGUCUUGCCAUCCAGGACUGCCAUUUUGCCUGUGAAUCCCAAGUUCCUUCCACGAUCGGAGGAUGAAAAGGAAAUGGUUGUAAGGACAGUUUACUGUACAAACAUAGACAAAAAGGCUACUCAAACAGAUGUACAGGCUUUUUUUGAAGAAUAUUGUGGUGAGGUUUCUCGUUUGAGGCUUCUUGGAGAUAAUGUGCAUUCCACACGUAUUGCAUUCGUCGAGUUUGUUGAUGCGGAAAGUGCGAUUGCAGCUCUGAAUUGUAGCGGCAUGCUUUUGGGUGCUCUUCCUGUCAGGGUGAGUCCGUCGAAGACUCCGGUUAGGCCGCGGGUACCUCGAGCAACAUCUCACUGACUCCGGCUCGGAAAAGCUUUCUGCGGGCAAGAAAAGCACAUAAGAGGCUUCUUCAGGAAGUGCUUUUUGUCAGCAAAGAGACCAGUUUCUACAACGGGAUGCGACUUCCGUUGAUCUUUGAUGUUCAAAUGAGAGACUUGCGUGCCUCUCCAACCGGCCUAUUUUUGUUGUCUUGGUUUUUUUUAAAAAAUUUAAUUCGUUAGAUUCAAGUUCAACUAUUAGACAAUCUUUUGUAGCCAACGGAAGUUGCUUUCUGUGGCUUUUAUCUUAUCCUAUUUAUCUGACAGGUAAGAAAUUACCUAAACAAAAAUUAACUAGAAAUUCAUGCAUAUUUUCUCCUCUUUUAACUAUAUAUAUUUAUAUACAAA